AUGGCGACCCAAGAGUCCUCGAUGGAGGAGAUCCUCUGGCGGUCUCCCCCGCACGUUGAGAUGAUGGGGGGUUAUCUGCACUCCAACAACAUUCUAUUUUAUUUUGCCGAAUCCCCCUUCUUUGACUUAACCUCCAACAAUGCCUCGCUCACUAUUCAAGCUAGCUACAAUGAGGCUUUUCGGCACUUCGUCGAGACACGCGAAGCUUUCGAGGCCCGACUUAAGACGAUGCAAGGGCUGGAAUUUGUUGUCGCAUAUGAUCCUUUACAAGCAGCAGCUCAACCAGGCAACCGUUUUGCUCACGAGCCAUCCAACGUCUGGGUGAUCCGCAAGCAGAAUAGGCGGAAGCGGAGUGGCCUGGACGAUGAGGUGACAGUGAUCUCGACCUAUUUUGUUGUGGGUGACUGCAUCUAUAUGGCGCCAUCGGUUGCCAGUGUCGUGGGAAACCGGAUUCUGUCUGCCGUUACAUCUCUGUCGCGACUUAUGAAGACUGCAUCGACACUGCCAAAGUUUACACCAGCCUACGGGCACACCUACAUGCCACCUACAGCCCGAAGUACUGAGGCCGGGCCACAAGCUUCUCAACAGAGCAAAGAAAACACGCCCAUGCCUGACGCUGGACCAUCAUCAAGUGCCGAAUCUCAAGCACCUAACAAAACCGCUCUUGGGAUCUCAACUGGCGGCUCUAGCUACCAGGAUACCCGGAGUCUAGCUGAAGCAUUCAACCUAUUCACCCGAUAUGGUGACGAAUUCAUGGAUGAAAACUCACUUGUGGGAGAACCUGGCUCAUUCAUCCUAUCACGAAAUGGCGCUGUGAAUGAUCGUGCAGCUGGCACUGCAGCAAAAGCCGUACCCAAAACCGCUCCUGGUACAACGACAAACACACCUUCCGGGGUCCCGGGGCGGGUGUCUACACCGCAGGUCCGAGUCGACACCCCUGGAAAGGCAUCAGAUAAGAGUAAUACACCUCCUAGCUCGGGCGAGAACAAAGGAAAAAAGAAGAAGAAUCAGGUUGCGAGCUGA